AGAAUCAUUUUAAAUUGUUUCUAUUUGCAUUGGUGUAAACAAAUAGACGAUGUUUCACAUUUUACUGAUCGCAAGAGAAACGCAUUCCCUGUUUGUAUGGUUGCCAUGACAUCUCAGUCACGUGAACCCGUCUAGCAACCCACACGCGGCAUUAGCCAUGGCACUGCACAGGCAGUUUAGAUUUUUCGCGCUCAAUUAGCCGGCAUUUCGAACGAGCUUUUAAUCAAUUCGGGCGAUCGCACAUCUCAAAAAAAUUACAGCUUUUACAUGAAAUUCCACUCAUUGCUCCAGUUAUAGAUGGCUCCUAAUUCAGUUAUAUGAUGAAUUAUCAUUUAAAUGUGCAAUUCAUCUUAAAAAAUUUUAUAUAAGAAAAUGAAUACUUAUUGUUUGAAAUGUAAAAAGAUUUUUUAAUUGAAAAAAUCCUUCCGACUUAAUUAAGUCGACGAAAUUUAAGGACGAUUUUAAAGAAUUUAAAAAAACAUUGUCUCCAUGCUUUUUAAAGAUACUUCUCGAAGCAAAUAAUAUGAUUAUCAUGAAGACAAACGAAUGCAUUGCAUUGAUUUCCUGGGGGACUUCGGAGUUAUCACCGGGAAGACUAGGCAACAGAGUCGAAAUAAUUAGAUGAGAAGAGAAAGCAAUAAGACCAGACAUUUUGGGCAUGGAGUCCUCGUAGCCCGCGUGCCAAUGCAUGGGUAGUGGUUGCAGCAGGGCCACCAAAACUUCAACCGUAGGCCCCGUCGCCGCUGACCCCGUUAACCCUCUCGGGCCGCCAGAGAUGGUAGCCAGCAAGGACCGCCGAGUCUCCAUUCGAGAUCCCCUGGUCGGUCACCAGCGCAUGGGUGGAGAGAAGUCCCCGCCACCAGUCUUGCCAGGGCAACUGCCUCCACGUGCCACGCAAAAGGAUGUGGACCGUGUGAAGGGCAGCCGGCCUCCCAGCCCCCUGACCUACGACCAGCGGUGGGGAGAGAGGGAGGAGGACGUGGAAGAAGAGGCCUUCGACAUCAGCGAUAUAUCGGACGACAGCGAUGAAAUGGUGGCGGAUGAUGCAAAUGUCCUUCGAUCCUUGGCUCUUCUGCGUGUCGGUCAGCUGUUCAUGGAUGCCAACUUCCCCCCUCUGGAAUCUUCCCUCUAUUAUAGUCACCGAUUGGUAGAAGGAAAGGUCACGUGGAUGAGGCCGCACGAGAUGAUCCCCGAGCCAAAGCUGUUGAUAGACACUAUCAGCCGCCAUGACAUCGUGCAAGGAGUUCUUGCCGACUGCUGGUUUCUCUCGUCGUGUGCAGCUGUUGCGCAGAGGCCUGAUCUCAUGCGGAGGGUCAUCGCUCCUUACCAGCCACUGUAUGGAAUGGGAUACAGAGGUAUCGUGCGUUUUCGGUUUUGGCGUUUCGGUAAAUGGAUCAACGUCUACGUUGACGAUCUCUUGCCAACAAGGGAGGGUGAGCUCAUCUUCUCCCGUUGCUCCGACAGGAGGGAAUUCUGGGUAGCAUUGUUAGAAAAAGCGUAUGCCAAGUUGCAUGGUUCUUACGAGGCUCUGGAAGGUGGUCAGGCAAUGGACGCCCUAGUAGACCUCACCAGUGGGCUCUCGGAAAGAUAUGACCUCGAAUCGGCUCCCUUAAAUCUUUACCAGUUCUUGCUACAGGCCUCUUCCGGCGGAGCGUUUAUCACUUGCUCCAGAAAAGGAGAUUGGCAAAUGGCCAACGCAGCUGAUCCGAAUGGCCUGGUCUCUGGACACGCCUACACCGUUACGGCCGUGGCUAAGGUCCCCAUGAAAGAAGGCAAUAAAGUUAAUUUAGUAAGAAUUCGGAAUCCGUGGGGAAACGAUGUAGAAUGGAAUGGCUCUUGGAAUGACAACGACUCCCGGUGGAGCGAGGUGGACCUUCAUACAAAGCACGAAUUGGAAUGGAGGCGGAGAGACGAUGGAGAAUUCUGGAUGGAGUAUAGGGACUUCUGCCGGGAAUUCGAAGAGGUCACUAUCUGCACCCUCGGCCCCGACUUCGACGGAGACGGAGUGGCCGAAGAAGCGGGAAUGGUGAAAGCUAUCAGAGGCAAAUGGGAGGUUCCCAAAACCAGUGGGGGUUCUAGGAAUAAUUUAGAGCUGUUUGCCAGGAAUCCUCAGUAUUUACUUUCUGUAUAUGAACAUGAAAUCAAAAGGGACCAGAGGAAGGACUCUGUGGGCAGUGCCGCAUCCCGUUACUGCUGUGCCGUCAUCGCUCUGAUGCAAGUGCGCAGACGUUGCAUGAAGCACCCAGGAAGGAAGAUGAUGCAGAUCGGAUUUGUCGUCUAUAAGACAGAGGAUCCCAAACGACGUUUGUCUGUGCAAGAUUUCAUUACCAAUGAGGAAGAAGGCAACUCAGGCCCGUACAUCAAUUACCGGGAAGUAUUUGCAAGGUUCGAGCUUUCUCCGGGACAUUAUGUUAUCAUUCCUGCGACAUUCGAACCCCACCGGCAAGGUUCUUUCAUGAUAAGAGUUUACACAGAUUGCCCAUUUGAUCUCAGAGAGUUGAGGUGACUAUAACUUCAGCCAUAACUUGGAACAAAAAGUAUCAAAGCCUUAUGGAUCAAGAAAAUAUAUAAGGUACAAACAAAGAUGGAAAAAAUGGACAGUAUUCCUCAUUGUAUCAUACAUUUGAUAUUCUGCUCAAACAGCAAAGCAAAAACCUGUGCCUUCCUAUCUGCAAGAAGGCAUUAAAAGGAGUGCACUUAGCUAAAAAGAAUUAUUUAUUCACUAAUGAAUAAAUGAGCAUGGAUAUUAUGAUUUCUUAUUUACAUUUAUAAGAUAUGAAAAAAAUGUA